AUAUACACAACACAUUCUACGAACUGUCCACUACGUAUUUACAUGCACUACAUCGUGAGGUGAGGCACGUGAGUUUAAAAUUUGAGUUUUUUUCACAGAUAAUUUGUGAAUAUUGAAUUGACUUAUUUGACUAGUGUUGGGUGACCGUAAGUACACCAAUAUACCAGACGUUUCAGCAUCUUUAAAACUACUGCGAAAGUAGGAACUAAAAGAUCAAAAUGCCAAAAUCAAAAAGAAAAUUUAUUGAAAAGAAAAAUUCUGUUACUUUCCAUGUAGUACACAGAAGUCAGCAUGAUCCACUUGUUACUGAUGAAACAGCACCACAACAUGUUUUGGUACCUCAACAGCCAACUCAAUCAAAAGGAAAAAAAAAUAAAGAUGAAGAAGCUAAAUACGGGAUAUAUUUUGAUGAUGAUUAUGAUUAUUUACAACAUCUCAAAGAAUGCCGAUCCAAUGAUUUUAUAUUAUUGCCCGCCCCUGCCAAUCAUAAUAAUGAAAAAAAAGAAAAACCUAAAGUUAUGUUACCCUCAUCAAUAUUUGAAUCUGAAGUCGAGGAAAAAGUAGGCUUGUUGAAUAAAGCUGCUCCUCAAUCAGGUUUACGUCUGGAUUUGGACCCAGAUAUAGUUGCUGCAAUGGAUGAUGAUUUUAAUUUUGAAGAUCCAGAUAAUGAAUUGGAAGAUGAUUUUGUGGUGAUGGCAAAUCAACCUGGAUCAGAUGACGAUAUGGAUGAACUAGAAGACAUAAACGAAGAAAGUGAUCAGUAUGACAGUGAGGCAUACGAUGAUGUUGGUAGUUUAAACAAUGAUGAUACAAAAUCGCGUUUCACUGAUUACUCUAUGUCCAGUUCUAUUAUAAGACGAAAUGAAAAUUUAAAAUUAAUAGAUGAUCAAUUUGAACAAAUGUUUGCUGCUUAUGAUGAUUCAGAAAUUGGAGCUUUAGAAACUGAAGAAAUCGAAGGUACAUUGACAAUGGAAUCUGAUUUGUUAAAAAAAGCCGCUGAAGAAUUUGAAUUAAAUAUGAAAAGGGAUGAAAUCCCUACUGACAGAACAGCUGCUUUGAUUUUUGAUAGCGAUUCUGAUCAAGAAGAACCUACUUAUAAAUUACCAGUUGAAGACCAAGAUAUAAAAAAAUGGGAUUGUGAAAGCAUCAUUUCUACGUAUUCUAAUAUUUACAAUCGUCCUGCUCUUAUCAAAGACCCACCGAUUCAGAAAAUACGAAUAAAUCCUAAAACCGGUGUUCCAAUAUUACAACAAAGACUUACAGCUCAAGCAUUGAAAUCCUUGGACAAUAAAGAUGCACCAAAAUCUGGUUCUAGAUCAGUGAUAUCAGCUCUUUCUGUUUUAUCAAUAAGACCAAAAGAUGAGACACCCGAAGAAAAACUGAAGAGGAAAAAAGCACUAAAAGAAUUCAGACAUGAAAGAAGAGUAGAACGAAAGGCAAACACUUUGGCAUUUAAAGAACAAAAGAAAAAAAUGGAAAAAGAAUUAAUCAACAAAAAUGUUAACAAAACUGUACGUGUAAUAUAAGAAAUUUAAGUAUUCUGAGAAGUAUCAUAUUUGUUAAUGUUUGUAUAAAAUAAAAAGUUGUAAAUUCUUUAUUA